CCAGACGGUGCGAACCUGUGCGAACAAAUCGGCGCUGUUCCUCCGUCCCCCGUCGCUCCCGCCCAGCCCGGUGCCACAGCGUCUUUGCUCUUGUUUGUGAUGUGGCGGUUCCUGGGCCUGACCGCGCCGUGGAACUGCUCUCUCGUCCUGUCACGACAACGUCCACCUUCCGAUUGCAUGUGUGGCUGUUGUCUUAGUUGUGUCUCAUCGAAUAAUCCUAUGUGGCCUCUUUGUGCAUCUGAUGCUUACCGAAACAUAACUGUGAACGGAGGCCGAGUGUAUCAAUACAGGGACACACUACUAUACUUACCCUAUAGCCAGGCCGACAGUGGGAUGACCAUGUCCGCAGUGAGAUUCACAGCUUCCGAGCCAACAUGCGUCAAGGUGUCCCUCUAUGAAGUCCGCGGCUGGCUGCGACCGCUCAAAGCCAGGCAUUGACAAGAAGCCGCUACACAGUGGUGAUCAUCCUCGAAACGUUGCUCAGUGAUGAAGGGCUGUAACUCGGAUCGCAACAACAGCGCGGAUAUGAUGUUGCGUCGGUCCGAUAUCACCGUAUGAGGCAGAUUUGGCUAGA